AGGCGAGCGUAAUAGUAUUCCUCCGACCGGAGGCCGAAUUGGGCGGUUGCUCGGUGGUGGCUCCGCUCCAGAGGGGGCUGUGCCGGGAAGGGAUCCGGGCGCCGGGCUUUGCUGCGCAGCGGACGGGCCGCACGCAGGGCGGGGCCUGGCUGGGGGUGGCUCGGGAAGUUGCCGAAGUUGGGCAGAGAGUGGAGGGACGGAGCCAGCGAGCGCCUGCCUGCUCGGGCCGGGCCUUCCUGGGUGCUGCUCUUCCCCCUCCCGCCCUCCCUUCCCUGUCCGGCCGGUGCAUGAUGGAAGCAGCAUGGCCGCUCAUCUUUCCUUAACGCAGCUGUCAAGUGCAAAUCCUGUGUAUGAGAAGUUCUAUCGACAGGUUGAUCCUGGUAACUCUGGGCGGGUGUUGGCUUCCGAUGCAGCUGUCUUCCUUAAAAAAUCAGGACUGACGGACUUGAUACUUGGGAAGGUUUGGGACCUUGCUGAUACAGAUGGCAAAGGAAUCUUAAACAAACAGGAGUUUUUUGUGGCUUUACGACUUGUUGCCUGUGCACAGAAUGGAUUGGACGUUUCACUGAGCAGUCUUAACUUGCCUGUUCCUCCACCUAGAUUUAAUGAUUCCUCUAGCCCUUUAUUAUCUGGGGGAGCGCCACCUGAUAUCCCAUGGGCUGUUAAGGUAGAAGACAAGGCCAAAUAUGAUGCUAUCUUUGACAGUCUGAACCCAGUGAAUGGAUUGUUGUCAGGCGAUAAAGUGAAACCUGUUCUGCUGAACUCCAAAUUGCCAGUUGAUAUAUUGGGAAGGGUUUGGGAGCUCAGUGACAUUGACCAUGAUGGAAUGUUGGAUCGGGAUGAAUUUGCAGUUGCCAUGUUCUUGGUGUACUGUGCUCUUGAGAAGGAACCUGUGCCAAUGUCUUUGCCUCCAGCAUUGGUGCCACCUUCUAAAAGAAAAGGUGUCAGUAUUGCAGGUGGAGUGCAUUUGUUGCCACCUUCGGCAUCCAGUAAAGAAUCCCAUCAGUCCAUGCCGCCUGUAACCCUCAAAGCACCAUCACCACAGUGGGUUGUAUCACCUGCAGACAAGAUAAAAUACCAUGACAUUUUUUUGAAAACUGACAAAGACAUGGAUGGCUUUGUCUCUGGUGUAGAGGCUAGAGAAUUAUUCUUAAAGACCGGUCUGCCUUCUGCCUUACUUGCACACAUCUGGGCUCUAUGUGAUACAAGGGACUGUGGGAAGCUUUCCCAGGAACAGUUUGCCUUGGCCUUCCAUUUCAUCAAUCUGAAGUUGACAAAGGGCAUUGAUCCUCCUCAGGUGCUAACUGCAGAUAUGAUCCCUCCAUCAGAGAGAACUGCUCAACAAAAGAACAUGCUAGGACCAAGUCCUGUAGCAGACUUUUCAGCAAUCAAAGAGCUGGAUACUUUAAGCAAUGAAAUAGUUGAACUACAGAGGGAAAAGAAUAACGUGGAGCAAGAUCUAAAGGAAAAAGAAGACGCAAUCAAACAGAGGACAAAUGAGGUCCAGGAUCUUCAAGAAGAAGUAAAAAGGGAGAGCAAUAAUUUGCAGGCGCUGUUGGCUCAGAAGCAGGAAGCAGAGGAAAUCCUUAAUAAUCUUGAUGACGAGAAAGCCAAGCUGGAACAGCAACUUAAUGCAAUCCGGCAGAAAUGUGCUGAAGAAGCUGAUUUGAUCUCAUCACUAAAGGCAGAAAUAACUGAUCAGGAGUGCAAAAUCUCCACAUAUAAAGAUGACUUGAAUAAAGCUCAAGAAGAGCUUGGCAGGCUGCAGCAGGAAACAGCAGAGCUAGAGAAGUGUGUCGAGACGGGGAAAUUGCAGCUGGGGCCUCUUCAGGAGGGUCUUCAGGAGUCACAACAAGAAAUCACUUCUGUGCAAACAAAGCUAUUUGAACUCAAAGAGCUGGAAAACGGCCUCUUUAACUGGGAGCUUCAGCCACAGAACACACUACUUAAUGGAAAUGGCAAUCAUUCUAGCCUCAGCAACAGCAGCAGUGAAACUGCUAACUUUAAUGAGAAUGCCGAAAGAGAGAAUUCAGCAGAUUCUGAACAAAUAAAUCAUGAACCUCCUGCCAGGAAUAGCCCAGAAACAACACAUAUAGAAGCAGAAGCAGAAGCAGCGGAGGUUGUGCCACCAGAUGUUACCAAAAAAGGAGAUCCAUUUAAUGAAGAAUCCCAUCAGCUCUCUGAUCAGGCUGAAGGCUCCAAUUUAGACUUCUUUGAGGCUGACCCCUUUGUUGGUAGUGAUCCUUUCAAGGAUGACCCUUUUGGGAAGAUUGAUCCUUUUGGUAGUGAUCCUUUCAAAGGUUCAGAUCCUUUUGCAGCUGACUCCUUUUUCAAGCAAUCAUCCACAGAUCCUUUUGGAAGUAUUGACCCCUUCAGUGCAACCAGCAACAGCAAUAAUUCCACGACAGAAACACUGAAGUAUAAUGAUCCUUUUGCUCCUGGUGGAAUUGCUGUUACUACAUCAAGUGAUACAGCUACAGAUCCCUUUGCCUCUCUGUUUGGAAAUGAAUCAUUUGGAAGCGGCUUUGCUGACUUCAGCACAUUGUCAAAGGCAAAUAAUGAAGAUCCAUUUAGUUCAUCUACAACAGGCUCUGUCAACAAUGUGGUCAUAACUAAAAAUGUGUUUGAGGAACCUCCAGCCAAAAAUGAAGAUGUACCUCCUGCUUUGCCUCCUAAAAUUGGAACGCCUACCAGACCUUGUCCUCCCCCACCUGGAAAAAGGCCUAUCAACAAAUUGGAGUCUUCGGAUUCCUUUAAACUGAAUGAUCCCUUCCAGCCCUUCCCAGGCUGUGAUGGUUCCAAAGAACAGGAAGCUGACCCAUUUGCUCCCACUGGUGUGUGCAAAGAGAUGGACACCAGCAAUUUUGCUAAUUUCAGUGCUUAUCCUACUGAAGAAGAUAUGAUUGAAUGGGCAAAGAGGGAAAGUGAGAGAGAGGAGAAAGAGCGUCUUGCAAGGUUGAAACAACAAGAACAAGAAGAUUUAGAACUAGCUAUUGCACUCAGUAAAUCUGAAAUAUCAGAAGCAUGAAGAAUUGCCACAACCAUUUGUCCCUUGCCCUGUAUGUGUAAAGCUAAUCAGAAGCUGCUUAUGCACAGGGAAGUACAAAAGGCUUUAAAUUCCUGCAAAUGUGAUUUUUGAGCAAUGUAGUGUCUUAUUUGUAAUUUUUUUCAUAUUCACUUAACUCAUCUGGCUACUCUUUUUUAAUAAAGUGAAGUUCCAUUUGUACUUACCUUGAUAUUCUUGUGUACUAUAUAAACCAUUACACCAAAGUAAAUUCUUAUAAUGCAAAAAAGACAAAUCUGUAUUAAGGCACAGCAAUGCAUUUUUGAAAGAUCUCAGAAGGCAAUUCUGACUCCAACCAAUUUCCUCUUUGAUAUAUGCCUUACGCAGUGUUGAAGAUCUAGAAUGUGCAGGUGUGUCUAACAACAUAAAAUGAGUGAGUGCAUUGUAUUGCCUUUUAUACAAAUGGAUAGGUCAUGUGUUGCUGAUAUUUCCCUUAAAAAUUAUUAGAUGGCUUGUUCUAAGUCUUGAUUAGCUUUCUUUUCGAAAGGGCCAAUUUUUGCCAAUUCCUAUGAUACUGAAUUAUUUAAGUCUCCCAGGUGUCCUGGUUAGCAAAGUUCAUUUUCACCUUGUAAGCAAAUCUGGCCAUGUAGCCAAUCAAACUAGUUUAUGGCAAAUCUUCAUGUAAUUAAAAAUUGCUGAUAAUCCUGCUUCUUUCUUGCUAAAAUGUUCAGAUCUGGUUAUCACAGGUAUUAGAAAUCUAUUGUACAUUUUAGAGAUGAUAAUUGAGGUUAGGCCUGUGGAGUACCUUUACGUCUGUGGGCUUCCUUUUAAUGAAGGCUCUUCUUCUAGAGUGGAUAUCUAACAGAAAAUCUAGAUUCCAGAUGCAACUAGUGUUAUCUGAAACUUUUAACUGCCAUUUUGCCUACUAUCAGAUUUUUUUAAAUGACAUUUUAGGAUUGUUCCAAUGAGAUUUCUAAGAUUACACUGGUUGGCCAAGUUCACUGUCAAGAACUCUGAUGCCCCACUGCUAAUUGAGCCAAUUUCUUAUGUGAAAUAUGCAACUUAAAUUGGCAAGUUGACAGCAGAAUUUGAAAUAGGGUAGGAAGUAGACUACAUAAAGAUAUAGUUUACAACAGUCGGUUGCUGUUGUGUAUAAUUUAUUGAAUGCCAACUGAUAGUUGCACCUUAAAAAUAAAUUUCAUUUUAUAGUAACAAAGUCAAAAUUGAAUGUUAAUGAAAGUAAGUUAUUAUCUAAUAUGUUCUGUUCUGCAGGAUGUUAAACUCAUUCCAAAUUACUCGUUCCAUUUCCAUCUUCAAUACAUGCAUAGCUGCAACCACACAAAACUGGUGGUUCUGCUUCCCCCCCUCCCAAAACACUGUGGUAUUUGUGCCUCGAAUUAAGAGUUUUAAAAUUAUUUUUUCUUCUGCUGCAAGGAGUUGCAUAGUUACCACUAUCAGGAUGAAACUUUUCCAGUUACCUGUGGAUGCUGCUGCAAGAGACUUUUUAGGAAGGUAGUUUUUGCUCAAUUUUCCUAUAAAUUGAGAUCAGUUCUGAGAAACUUUUGCACUAGGAAAUGAGCAUUUUAAAACACCUGCUCAAAAAAGUAACCUAGCAAAACCUCUUGCAAGUAUUAAUGUUCAUAAUUUAUCUACCCAAAUUUUGUAUUAACAUUAAUCGUGCAUAUUGUAUGUUUAACUGGACUACAUAGAUUUUUCCUUUUUUGUUAAAUGUAUACUUUGUGGACCAAUACAAUAUCUGUGUGUAUAUAUUAUACAUAUAAAUAUAUAUAUAUUCAAGCUUUCUUGUAUAGGAUUUAAAGUUCUGAGUCACUUGAUGUUACAUUUCAUGUUACUGACUGAUCACAGAACCUUUACUCGAAGGCUUCUAAAUAAACCACUGCUGUGUCAGCUUAAAUGGCAUUACUGUUAAAGUUUUAAAAAGCUUUUAAUAACUUGUUCAGGUGGGGUUAGCCUCUAUUUAUAGACCUUUGUUUUAAAAUUCUAAAAUAGCUUGUAAUUAUGAAUAAAACCGUUUAAGUAUAUUA